AUGGCAACCUUUUCUGUACGCGCUUUCAUUCCACCACUAAGGCGGCGGUGUCUACCCCUCCAGACGACGCGGCGAUAUGCCGUACAAGCUCCCGGCGCCCCUAUGAUGGAGAUAUUCAGCGGCCAGCAGAAAUGGCUGCAGAAAGAGCGGGCAGCAGCAGACAGAGAAACAAGCAGAAGCGUCGACUAUCUAAGAGAUGAAGUAGCCUCGAGGUUGUGUGAGCGAGUCCUGGACAUAAACCGCCACUUCCCUAACGUCCUCGAUCUCGGCGCCAACGCAUGCAACCUAUCCCACGCACUCACCUUGCCCUCCGAAGACGCCCCGGAUAAAGGCCCACGGUCAAAGCGAAUUGGAACAAUCACAGCGGCAGACUCCUCGGAAGCACUCUUGUAUCGCGACGCCCAUUUGCCCUUCAACAAAGAGAUUGAUAUUGUACGACAAGUUCUAUCCACAUCCGAGCUGCUGCCAUACGAAGCCAACUCUUUCGACGCUGUCUUGAGCAGUCUGAGUCUGCACUGGAUCAAUGAUUUGCCUUCGGUGUUGGCCCAAGUGAACAACAUUUUAAAGCCGGAUUGCCCUUUCAUCGGGGUCAUGAUGGGAGGAGACAGCCUUUAUGAGCUCCGUACAUCGUUGCAGUUAGCAGAGCUAGACCGAAGAGGCGGUGUCUCUACGCACACCUCGCCACUAGCCGAUGUCAAGGAUGUGGGCGGUCUACUACAGAAGGCUGGCUUCAACCUCCUCACUGUAGACGUCGACGACAUUGUAGUCGACUAUCCCGAUACAUUUUCCUUGAUGAAGGAUCUACAAGCCAUGGGCGAGUCGAAUGCUGUACUCGCACGGGAGAAGGGCCCUAUACAGAGGGAUGUCUUACUGGCCGCUGAAGGUAUCUACAAGGAACUACAUGGUAACGAAGAUGGUACGCUUCCUGCGACCUUCAGGUUGAUCUACAUGAUCGGUUGGAAACCUAGCCCCAACCAGGCUAAGCCACUUGAGAGAGGAACUGGCAUGUUCAGUAUCAAGGACCACCUAGAGAAGAACACCAAAUCUGGUCAAGGGAGGGAGUCUAUUUUUGCUGAAAAGACCCCGGACUACGCUGCCCGUCUGCCUAGCUUUGUGCACGAGCUUUGGGACAGGCCUCUUUGGGCGGACUGUUCCAGCAAUAACGGCUUCGAUAUAUUUGAUAGCCCAGAUGGUAUACUGGUUGGUAGUAUUCUGGUAGUACGCUUCACUAGUCUGAACACGAGAGAUGAAGAACUUGUCCAUGGCAUCGCCGAGAGCCUUACCAAAGGCAGCGUUCGUCUCAGCAAGUCGCGUGUACUUGAGUUCACCUUUGGAAGGCAGCGGCACCUGUUUACUCACAUCCAACCCACUGCCACCACGAUGCACUACCGAAGUAUAACUGUAGGACUGCACUCGCAAUUCGAUAUCGAAACGCUGCCUGAAUACCGCCCCGACCACUAUAGCAUUUUUGACUCUGCCCUGCAAUACAUCGAGGACAAGACGUCAACAUGCAGCGUCUACGUUCCAGCCUUACCCGGCAGCACGUUUUGGAUCGGAUACUCCGUGUCACCACCAGUGCCCGAAGGACACUACUUCCUCUUUAAGCUGUACAUCAAUGGCGCACACAUGGUAAGCUGGUCGACAGGCAAAGAAGAGGAUUGGCAGGGCAAGACUAUGUUUGGUCUGUUUGAAAGCCCUGAGGACGAACAUGGCAAGAGAAGGGUCGAGAAACGAGUGCUGUGCUUUGCAGCAAAAGACGCUGUGGACGUGUUCGACGACACCGCGCGCAUCGAGAUACGAGUACAUCGUGCAGACGAAAGGAAGCGAGUCGAACGACAGGCAGAGGAAUACAAUAACACAGAGCAUGCGAAGAAUGGCAAGGGAAUAAGCCUCGUUAACGCUGGGCGCGCAGGACCGGAGCAACCAAAGCGCUUUUACAAAUUUUCCCUAAUCGAUCCGAUCGACCAGCCCUUCGCGACGUUCAGGUACUAUUACCGUAGCUGGGACCAGUUGCGAGGAUUGGGAUUACUUGACCAACACAUCAGUGGCGCCGGCGAGGAUAACGACCUUCCUGUGAUAGAACCUCAAGAAGAUGAUAUUGACGAAGCCAAGGAGGGUACCAGAGCCUGUAGCGUUGUCAGCAAAGAGUUGGGGAGCGUAUUCCAGGACUGCAGUGACAACUUGAAUGGACGAGCCGCUAGUGCUGCAGAUACACGAGCGCAGACCCAAACCCCCCAUAGUCCUAUGCGAUCUACAUCAGCGAGGGUGCGAAACCCCUUGACUCGAAAGGCGUCGAUACGUCAAGUGAGCGAUACAGAACAAUCGCGCGCCUAUGUUCCACGCGGCGCACCCGACUUGAAGACGGAAGCAUCUGUUGAGCAUGUAGGCGAGCAAAUGCAACAACGCGAUAGCUUCGUUCGUACACCAAGCCACUUUUACCGGCUCUCGAUACCACCAUCCAUCGAACUCAGACGUCCAGAACCAGCUUCUCGACCUCUACCUAUACUUCCCACUAAGCAUGAUUUCGAGGCUUCCACAUCAUACUGCCCUCACCCAGCGUACCCUGUAGAUGACUGGACUGUCGGAUUCAGUGUCCUGGCAUCUGUUUCAGACUCCAAGGAGGUAUACCCACUACUUGGUCGACCUCAUGACUCUCUGGAGCACAAGGACGAAGAUUACACGGUCGCGUACCCUACAUACAACGGUGCUACCUAUGACGCGUCAACGACCAAUCUUACGUACUCAAUACGAGCGCCCGAUGCAAUCCGUUCAACCAAAGACCUCGAAAUCACCUUAUCCUUCCUCUCACCCAUUACGCCGACCUCUACUCUAAGACAAACCAUACCAGCGGCUUAUCUAUCUAUAUACGUCCAAGGGUCUUUCGAUGUCAACAUAUACGUCGACGUGAACGGACAAUGGGUCAGCGGCAAGAGGGAGAGUCUGAUAGAAUGGGGCUUGUUCCAGCACGUGGCGCCUGGCUUGAACGACAGAUUAAAGACAUGGCAAGUCAAGCGACAGGUUGAGCAGCUCUUCACAGAAACGAAUGACCAGCCUGAGUGGGGUCGACUGCAUUUCACCGGGCCUGUCGAUGCGCGCCACGAAUCAGGCACGUCCGCGCUGUUGCGCCAGCGCUUCGCCCGGACUGGGACUCUGCAGAAUGAGGUUGAUGGAAAUUUCCGUGGCGUCAUGGAUGAGGAGCCUGUGUUUGCAUUUUCGAAAGCUUUCAAGCUUGCAAACUCGUCUACGGCUACGUCAAGUUCCGGCAGCAACAGCGAUAGCAUCUUGUUUACUAUCACUCACAUCCAGGACCCAGUGACGCAAUAUGCAUCUGCUCGAGGUCUCACGUUCAUGCGACCAUUAUGGAAAUCUUGGUUCCCCCAGGAUGACAAGCUCAUCCAGUUCCAUUACGGAGACUUCGCCAUGGCAAGCAGUCUUGCGAGUAACUACUCUGAGCAGUUGCGCAUCGAUGCUUAUCAAUCUGGUUCGACAAACUAUGUCGACAUUGUUGCCUUGUCCGCACGACAAGUCAUGGGCGCCACUAGCUUCUCCGGAACCAAAGAGAAUCCUCUACUCUUCCUCAAGGAGAUUUCUUCCAACGGUAAUAGUCAGACCGUCGAUGUGAUCUUCCCUGCUUUCCCAUUCUUCCUCUACACACAACCUAGGUGGCUGGCGUACCUCCUAGAGCCACUUCUUGAGCACCAGCUGAGCGGUCAGUACCCCAACAAGUAUUCUAUGCAUGACCUUGGUGCGCACUUCCCCAACCUGACAGGGCAUUCUGAUGGACGUGAUGAGUAUAUGCCCGUCGAAGAGUGCGGAGAUAUGCUCAUCAUGGGUCUGGCACUUGUGAACUCCCUUAGUUAUAAUUCCGAUGCGGAGGCUCAGUCAAUCUGGUCGGCUAUCGGUAAUGAUGCAGACCAUGACGUUGAUGCCAGCAACGUGUUCUCUCUGAGCAGUAUCGGCUUACAUAAUGGAGUUGAGUACAUUGACGAGACAUGGGGUGGAAAUGCCAAGGGUAUUCAUCAAGCAAAGAGGUGGUUAGAAGGCAGCUACGAUCUGUGGAAGCAGUGGACUGGAUAUCUUGUUGAAGACGCUCUCGAGCCCCACAACCAGCUCUGCACUGAUGAUUUCGCUGGUUGGCUACCGCUUCAAACCAAUCUUGCCUUGAAAGGAAUUGUUGGUAUCAAGGCGUUCAGUGAAAUUGCUGACCUUAUGGACCGACCCGGUGAUGCAAAGCACUACCGAAACAUCUCAGAGACAUAUAUCAAGAAGUGGCAGGAGUAUGGAAUGUCGCGCGAUGGCACUCAUGCUAAGCUUGCUUACGACUGGUACGGCAGCUGGACGACUUUAUACUCGCUCUACGCCGAUGCCGUACUCUGUUUUCACCCUACCAUCACGAACACAUCCAAAUCAGAACAGUCGGAGUACGCAUCUGGCAAUGAUAAAGCUCAGCGGCCCUUGUCACCUUCAAAGCAUUCUUCUGGGCGUACACCCAUGAUUGAUGACUUCAUCCCGGACGAAAUCUACAACCUCCAAAGCGAUUGGUACUCUACAGUCAUGCAAAAGUACGGGCUUCCUCUCGAUUCCCGCCACCUAUAUACAAAGUCCGACUGGGAGUUUGAAGCCGCUGCCGUCGCAAAUAAGACAGUGCGCUCGGAGAUCCUUGAUCGCGUAGCGCUUUGGUUGAAUGAGACAGUCACUGACCGUCCUUUCACGGAUCUGUAUGUCACUGAAGGUGAUGGUGGCUUUCCUGGACCGUGGUUCUUCGCGAGACCUGUCGUUGGCGGUCACUUUGCGUUCUUGACUUUGGAGAGGGCCUGCGGCGGUAGUGGUGGAAAGACACUCUAUUGUGAGGGAGCAGGCGAUUCGGAGAUACUAGAAAAGUUCAGACAGACCAAUGAGUACAAAAUUCCCACGACUGUUGAUCGCCGAACUCUACUGGCCUGCUCAACCUUCGCUCAGGACUACUUCACAUACAAUCCAGAGAAAAACGACCUGCGUUUACCAGUCUGCUACCCCAAAGUGCAUGAGCCUGGUAGUCACAGCCGAAAUCCUAAGCCCAAGAAUUCCGAUCAGGACAGUAGCGUGGGCCGCCAAAUGGCUUUCAUAAGGCCAAAAGAGAUCGAGGACUAUGUUGUUCCAUGGCUGGAGAGGAUGCAGGAAAACUUUGACAGGGUUGAGGCAUCGCCCAGCGAACCGUCCAGGGGAUCGACAACGCCACUCCAAAGGACGAGGCUCGCACAGUCUGUAGUAUCGUGGUCAGAUCAGUCUGUUGUUAUGAAUAUACCCGAACUACUUGUGGACAAGAUCCAUCUCUACAAUGCUAUGCUCCAGUUAGGUCUGCCCAAGUUUGUACAAUUGCCGCUCAUCGAUGUACUGGUUCUUCAAAUGUACCGCACAAAGCUUGAAGCAUGUGAACUUGACGCACUGGAGCACACAAUUGGUCGCUUUCACUCUAGGGCCGUCGCGGUCCUCGAUCCAGUACUCAAUCAUUUCAUUGGCACAUACUCUUUCAGAAGCCUGGGAGAUCGCGCGAAGCCAGAGCCCUUAGGACACAGUGCCAGACUGGCAGACGAUACGGAUGCUGCUAGCAAGGAAUUAGCGAAAGGAACAACAGAAGAAAACUCAACAGAAUCAGAUGCGAUAGAUGCAAUAACUGAAGAGCAAGCAAAUAGCAAUAUCACAAAGGCUGAUAACAACGUAUCAAAUCUUGGACCCGAGAAAUGGAAGAAGAAAAGACGAUACCUUCAAUAUUGCGAUGUUAACGCGAAACGCAAGGAUUAUCGUUACGAUACAUAUAUUCUACCACCCGAACUGCCAGUCAUUGGUCAUAGUAUAAGGCAUUGGUCUGGCGUCCGUCAGGACGAGAGCACAGCUGCAGCGCAUACCGGCUUCCCACUCAACAUAGGAAAGUACAAAAAGUUCAUCCGUCAUAGUGCAAAGGACGCGAUUGAUGAGAAAGAUUGGGUUGAAGAGGAGACCAACCGCUUGAUCGGUCAGACAGAGUAUCAGGAAAAUGGCCCGGGUAAAGAAAAGAAAUAG